AUGUGGAACUCAUGCGAAACUUCUCUGAUCCGUCGUCUGAACACCCAAGGUACGGCGAACACCAUAAACACCUCUUUGAGCAGACACUCAUGGUUCACCAGCCCCCCGUAUCAUUCUCUUAAGGACCUAUUCGAUGACUGGCCCCGACAAGAGAAGCGAACCGCGCGGAAAGAAAAGGGUCUCCCAGCAUCACCAGAAGUAGCAAUCAUCGCGAAGGUCCUCGGGGAAGUUGUUGAGGUAGCCAAGACGUAUGUUGACUCACCAAUCUCGGCCCUGAUUAGCUUUCCCGCACUGCCAGGCCUCUAUCAGGAAGACAUCAGGGACGCAGCGGACUAUGUCGGCCUCGCGAAGUUGGGUCCGUGGCUAGAGGCAUCACAUCCACACGAGGACGUCGCCACAUACGCAGGAAACGGUCUAGGUCUCUGUAAAGAGUACCACAACGAAGAGAAAUGCCGUGAAGAGGGGAAAAUUUUCACUUCUCGCCAUACGCUACUGGUAGAGCACACUGAGUCCGCACUUCUUCUACACCAUAACAUCCUUCGCGAACCGAUCGAGACAUCAUACCUAUAUAUGGAUCUUGCAACCUCUUUCGACUUAGGCAGUGCUCAUGAGCCCGACGAACUGGACAUACAAGAUUUUGUCCUAAGUUUCUUGUACCACCAGUAUUACUACCCGACGCCUCAUCUUCCCGACUCAAUUACUGUGAUGAUGACGGGUAGUCCCGAAAGUCUCAACGAUGGGAAGGCUCGGAGGGUGACAAAGCGCGUCAUCGAGGCACUCGGCGCAAAAGCUGAGAUGUUAGAAGAGAACCCUAGCUUCAAAGCUGCAAGAGGCGCAGCUGAGCUGGCAUGGCGAGCGGUGAAGUUCAGUGAAGGGAUGCAAUCGUGA